GUGACAACCGAUAACGGGACUCUCGUGAAGGGGGCAGCAGAGCGCUAGUGUAGCGAGUGUGUGUAAGUGUGUGUGAGUCAGUGCACGGGAGCUGCGCGCGGGCUGGAUCGCAGUUUCCUCCAGUUCAUCUCGCGCGUGUUGCCGCUUCAGUCUCCGGUUAUUCCCGCGGAUCUCUCGCGCUCUUCAUCUGUUCACUGUGUUUCUCUGUGGAUAUCGUUACUCUGUGGAGAUGUUUGUGUGGGGACGCACAUCGUUUCGGCAGCUGCAGGCGUGUUUUUUCCGACUGCUAUGCUUUAUUCCCACAGGAUUCCCGGUGAUCAGCGUGGACAGCCAGAGAUCCACCGACAACAUCACCAUCAGACAGGGAGACACGGCCGUGAUCCGGUGUUAUGUGGAUGACAAGGUGUCUAAGGUGGCCUGGUUAAACCGCUCGAACAUCAUCUUCGCGGGCGAGGACAAGUGGUCUCUGGACCCGCGGGUGGAGCUGGUGACGCAGGGUCAGCUGGAGUACAGUCUGAGGAUCCAGAAGGUGGACGUGUUCGACGAGGGCCCGUACACCUGCUCCAUCCAAACCAAACAGCAGCCCAAGACCUCGCAAGUCUAUCUCAUCGUUCAAGUUCCUGCGAUCAUCUAUAAAGUGUCGGAGGACAUCACUGUGAACGAGGGCAGUAACGUGACGUUGACGUGUUUGGCCAAUGGGAGGCCAGAUCCCUCCAUCACCUGGAGACUGCUCAACCCGUCAGCCGAGGCUCUGGACGUGGGCGAGUAUCUGGAGAUCUCUGGCAUUGUUCGCUCUCAGGCCGGACGUUACGAGUGUAAAGCGAGCAAUGACGUGUCCACACCCGAUGUCAAAUACGUCAACGUGGUGGUCAAUUACCCGCCGUAUAUAAAGGAGGUGCGGAGCUCCGAGACGCCGGUCGGACAGGCUGGAAUUUUGCACUGCGAGGCAUCUGCGGUUCCUCAGCCGGAGUUUGAGUGGUACAGAGAUGAGCGCAGACUGUCCAGCUCUCAGAGCGUCAGUAUUCAGAUCAGCGGCUCUCGUACGCUGCUGGUGGUUGCAAACGUCACGGAGGACGAUUAUGGGAACUACACGUGUGUCGCUACCAACAGACUGGGCAUCCACAACGCCAGCGUGUUCCUCUACAAACCGGGGAUGGGGCGGGACAUCAACGCCUCAGGCUGCAUGUGUCAAUCAUUCUGGCUCCUCCUCCUGUGCGUCCUCUUGGCUCUUCUCAAGUGUUAAUGUUCAGCGGUCGAUCGUCUCAGACUGUUUCCAUCCGUCAUCCACGCUCACCGUUACGCCCCAGCAGGACGACCGUCUUAUUAUCAGGAGAAAAAUAUGACAUGGAGAAAAGAAAGAAGGUGCUCUUUUUAAGAACUGAAUAUUGUCAUUCACUGACUUCCAGUGACGUCCGUCUGUCUGACAGUUCGAGUGCAUGUAUGUGAUUCCCACAGAAAACCGGAGCCAAGUUCCGACCACGCGAUCAUCUAGACAUGCUGAAAAUGCUUCAUCCCAUUGUGUUUUCCCAUAAUACUGUUGCGAAAUCUGCCUAAUGUAAACUAAUGAAAGAAUCAUGUAGAUGUGGUUAAUAACAGAAGGACUGUAUUGUGACAGACACACUUCCUCGUUCAUGAAGAUUCUCUGGGAUCAGAACAAUCACCUGCUGAAUGAGACGCUCGCGUCGUGUCAGUGUUUGUCGUGAUUGAUUGUAGAAUCUUCUCACAGAGCUAAGUCCCGCCCAUAUGUGUAGCCCCACCCACUAAACUCCUCCCAUGUCACCGGCCCCACCCACACAGGCCCAGACGGAUCUGCAGGUGCUUCUUCAGGGUUCCUGUGUUCACGGAAAACCACCUGAAGUUUGUCUUGAUGGUCAGUUUUAAUUUUGGAGGGAAAUCUGUAAAAUUCUGUGGAAUGAUUUUACCAUGGUAAAGUGUGUCACAAACAAACGAACACCCUCGUGUGUCUGUGAAAUGUUCAUCGUUCCACCGUGUGAACUUUGAAAUGUACGACGCCGUUGAAUGCUCGCCUUUGAUUCGCUGCUCAUUCCCAUCGAAUCUUCUCCACGUGUCUGUAAAUAUUCUUUUGAAUUGAAUGUCCUCACAUGGAAAUGAAAUGAAUCUUCAGUUCGGGUUCCUUCAUAUGUAGUUAAUUAUCUGCGGUGGCGCUUUGAUGCUUCCUGUAACAAACUGAAAUUAGAUACUAAACUUUUUAAUACAAAUAUUUAAAUAUUUCAUUCUAAAACUAGAUUUACCUUUGAAGCGGCUGCACUACUAUUCUUAUUAUUUAUAGAGACUGAUCAUUUCUGUUCAUUAGUUAUUGUAAUAGUAGUUGUACAGAAAUGAGCUGAAUCCACUGACUGCCAAACGAUUAUAGAUCCCGUUAUGUAUUAAAAUGAAAGCCAUUUUAGAGAUGAUUUACAAACCACACUGAAAUCUGUACUCGUGUUAGUUUUCUUUGUCGUCGAAUUCGUGAAUCAUCUGUCUUCUUACUUCUCAAAGAGCAUAAGGCAGGUUGUAUGUACACAUUCAUAUAUUAAAGAAAAAAGAAACCCACAGCCCUUUGAUUGACAGCUCUCUCAGCCAAUAAGCUUUCAGCGUGUGAGCUCUGAUGCCUUGAUUGGAUGAACCCACGUGUUGCGCUCGUGUCAGUGUGAACGGGAUUUAAAGGGCUAGUCGUGCGUCUCCUGUAGUCCGCAGAAGCUCUGCGCUCGUGCCCUGAACACGGAUAUUUGGGUUUAAUCCGAUCCAAAGUCAAGCGUCCUGAACUCCAGAACAGGACUCAUGCAUUUUGUAUCUGAUGAAUGCCUCUGCAACGCGUGCGUGUGUUUGAUAGUUACACAAGCUACAAACACACUUGACUUUACUUUCAUUAUGUUUAGUGUGUGUGUUUUACUCCUGAUGCUCUGCAACAUGACAAGAAAACCGGACAGUGUGUUUUUGUCCAUCCUCUUUUUCGCUACGGGACCCCGGAGUCUCAGCGGCACAGAAAGAGAAUUUCCCUGUAGUUUGACUGACAUCUUCAUGAAAAGCAAUGAACAUUUUCUAACUGUGUUUAUUUACUCUAAAGUUUCCGCAGUCAUUUUUUAAACCCUUCUGCACUGUAAAGUACUUCAUGAAACGUUUAAAAUGGAAAUAAAGUCUUUGAAUUUGAUGUAUUUGAAAGUGGGUUUAUGAAUAAAAAAAAAAGAUUGUAAUUUUUGGUGAGAAAAUGAGGAUUAUGAAUUGUGUUAAUCAUGUAACAUGCAAAUAAAGGAAUAUAAAGAUUGUUAGAUCUCCCUUUAA